AUUCUUCAACUUUUACAUGGGAUCAUUACUAUUAUUCUAUUGUCAUGCAGUUUUAUGAACUGGGUUUAUUUAUUUAUUUAUUUUUUUUCAUUUUCCCUUCUCGAUUUGUUUGAUUUCUGAGGUAUUUCAGUGGAAAUUGCUGCUGUUACUCUGGUGUAACUUCCAUUCUUUGUUUUCUUUUUUGAGUUUGUGUACACAACUAGUGAAGCGGGGGCUGGAUAUGCUGUUUAUGGUUUCAGAAAUUUGUUGUUAACAGUACAAUAUUAGUGAGCUAGUGUUGUGUAAUUUUUUGUUGUUCUAAUCCUUGUCUAAGAGAAAAGGAUGGAUAAUAGAAUGAGAUUUUGGUGUUGGGGAGUAUGAAGUGUAAAGAAAAAGAUUGUUUCUGCUGAGAGUUUUAGUUUCAGUUGCAACAAGUUAAUCACUUGUGUUCAUAUCUUGCAGAUUGUUGGGGACAAUUCUCUCUGUAGCAGUACUGUUACCAAGAAGAGAUCUUUGUUAAAUGGGGUCGGAAGGGCCUCCAUCAGUUACGAUUCAUGUAACAGGGUUUAAGAAGUUCCAUGGGGUUUCUGAUAAUCCAACUGAGACAAUAGUGAACAAUCUCAAGAAGUAUAUGGAGAAGAAUGGUUUGCCAGAAGGUCUAACUAUUGGGAGUUGCAGCAUUCUUGAGACUGCGGGGCAGGGAGCUCUAGAUUUGCUACAUAAGACGUUGCAAUCUGCUGUAGAGGGGAAGGGUUCUGAACCUACCAAUUCUAGAAGAAUCAUCUGGCUUCACUUGGGAGUGAAUAGUGGUGCUUCAAGAUUUGCUAUCGAACGCCAAGCCUUUAAUGAAGCCACUUUUCGAUGUCCUGAUGAAAUGGGAUGGAAGCCUCAGAAAGUACCAAUUGUACUGGAGGACGGUGAAGUAUCACGUGCACGAGAGACCUCUCUUCCAGUGGAGGAAAUAACGAAGACACUGGCAAAGAAGGGAUACGAAGUGAUGACUUCAGAUGAUGCUGGUCGGUUCGUGUGCAAUUAUGUCUACUACCAUUCCCUCCGCCAAGCAGAAGAGAACGGCAUCAAAUCACUAUUUGUUCAUGUUCCUCUCUUCUUAACUAUAGAUGAAGAGACCCAGAUGCAAUUUAUUGCUUCCUUGUUAGAAGUACUUGCAUCUUCAAGUUAUUAGGUUACCAAUGUAUAGGAGGAUGUAUUGGGGUGAUGCUUGUUUGUCAAGAUGCUUGAAUAAAAGAAAUAAUAAUAUGCUUUAGGGGCCAAUGUAUGUAUUCAAAAACGUGCAUUCAAAUGUUCUUCAUACUUAUCUUUAGAUGAUUUCACCUACUUGUCGACAUCAAUAACAUUUGAAGCCUCCCAUGCCUGAUUUAUGAAUGAAAAGUUAAAUUUGCUAGUGAA